AUGGCCUCUAGCACCAUCCCCGAGCGUAUGCGGGCUAUCCGGGUGCCCGAGACCGGCGAGAUCGAUGUGAUCAGCGCGCAAGACAUUGCGGUGCCCGAACCAGGAGCCGACGAAGUUCUAAUCAAGGUAUCCUGGGCAGGCGUGAACUACAUCGACACGUACCAACGUUCCGGUCUAUACACGCUUCCUUUGCCCUUCACUGCUGGAAUGGAGGCUGCUGGCAAAGUAGUGAAAGUCGGAAAGGAUGCGGACGAUUCGAGCUUGAAAGUGGGAGAUGCUGUGGCUGCUUAUGCGCUCGGUGCUUACGCAGAGUACAUGACCGUCAAGAGGGAAAAGGUGGUCAAGCUGCCUGAUGGUGUGUCGGAGAAGGACGGUGCUACUGCGAUACUGCAGGGAUUGACCGCUUGGACGCUGCUGCACGAAGCGUACCAAGUCAAGAAAGGCGAUACGAUCCUGAUUCAUGCCGCUGCAGGAGGCGUAGGUCUGCUGUUGUGCCAAAUGGCAUCGUACCUCGGCGCCACAGUGAUCGGAACAGUGUCCACAGAGGAAAAAGCGGCUCUCGCCAAGUCCAACGGAGCGUCGCACGUCAUCAAUUCAAAGUCGGGUGGUGCAGCUGUGGUGGAUGAAGUGCUGAAGCUGACCAAGGGUGAGGGUGUGCAAGGCAUAUACGACGGUGUGGGCAAGGAUACUUGGGAGGAUGAUUUCAAGAUGAUAGCGAGGAAGGGGACCAUCGUAUCCUUUGGCAAUGCAUCAGGCGCAGUACCUCCGUUUCCUGUCCUCAAAUUGGCAGCAAAGAAUACCAAAGUCGUUCGACCUACGCUCAACAACUCCAUCCAUACCAGACAAGAGCUGGAGACCUACUCGGCCCAAUUGUUCGACCUGCUCGCCAAGAACCUGGUCAAGCUCAGGGUCCACAAGGAGUACCCGUUCUCUGCCGAGGGCGUUCAGCAGACACAGAAGGAUAUCACCAGUCGCGCAACCACCGGCAAGUUGUUGAUCAAGGUGCAACAUUGA